GAUGUUUCUCCACUUCUAUAUUGGAAUAAUUUCCCCACGUAAUUUUGGAAUAUACGAGAAAAAAGUUUUUCACAUCGAACUGACGCCGUAAAAGCAUUAAAGCCUGUGAGACUCAUUCACGGUUUUUUUUUGAUGGAUGAAGACUCUGGUUCCAGGCAGCCAGUGGACAGGCGUCUGGAAAACGCGGUCGACCUGCCCCCAGGCCCACCCGGCGUUGACGGAAACGAGAAGAGUGACUCUAGAGGCAUUGCAUCGGGAAAGGGCCCUAAGUCGAGUUUCAAGCACCGCGGCCGCACGGAUUCCCGAAAUGCGGCAUCGCCCCUAUCUACGCGGAGACGGCGAUCCGCGUCUCGUUCACCGACUCCUCCCCGCCGCGGUCGUUAUGACUCGCCUGACUACGGGCGCUAUCCCCGACGCCGCUUUGACCGCGACCGCCACCGGCACCGCUCUCCUCCACCCCGUCGCUAUGGACGUUCUCGCUCCCGCACCGUCUCUCCCCGACGUGGCAGUCGUUGGUCGCCCAAAAGGAAGCCAGCGUCCCCGCCACUUCCUCCGCCUCAGGGAGGACCGACACAGCAAAUGGCUCCUGGCUACGGUGUUAUGGUCCCACAAAUGUACGCUCCCUACGGCGCUCCACCUGAUGUUUAUGGCCACCAAUAUGGAAUGCCGCCUAACGCCUUUCCGAGCCAGGGACCAGGCUACGGCAUGCCAGGACCAUCGCCUGAGCAAGCCACUUUUGGAGCCGGCUACGGCCCACCUCCCACAGGCGCUUGGGGCGUAAAUGAAUAUGGCCAGCAAGUUUGGCUGACACAGGCCAUGGCUGGAGUGCAAGCGUCGGCCUCGGACGCCUUGGCUCAGCCUCAGCAGGCCACCGAAUCGUUGCCGGUUAAGCACCUAGAAGAGGAGCAGAAGAGGCCAGCGCUCGACGGCGCUGGUUUGCCGCCACAGGAUGCAGCCGUGGCUCAAGAGGCGGAAAAGCAGAAGGACGAACUAAAAAAACAGCGGGCCAACUACGUGAAGAAGGUAACUCUGCUCAAGAAAGAAAUGAAAGUGCUGAGGGACCAGCGUGAAGACCUGGCCGCAGGCGAAGCACCACCUUCACCAACCACCAAGAAUUUCAUCGAGGAAAACGACCGCCUACAGAUCCAAAUUAAGAAGAAACUGGACACAAUUGAAAACGUUAUAGACAUGCUGAACGGCAUAAUUGGCUACGAAGAUCUAGAAGAUGAACCUUCUAAACCCAAGGUCCACGGGAAGAAUCAGGCUGGACAACAGGGUAGCCGAUCACAAUCCUCCAGUGAUAGCUCCGCUGACAGCUCGGACUCCAGCUCAUCGUCUGGCAGUUCGUCCGCUUCGUCAUCCGAUGGCGGUGACGAAGAGGAGACUAUCGGUGCGGUGGUUAGUCCCACUAAUCAGCUCAAGCACCGCGCCAUGAAGUCGAUGAAGACAAAUCAGCGACACGGUGAAACGCAACCAGUACCAGCCCCAACACAAAACUACAAUUUUGUGUUUUUCGAUCCUGAACAGCAUUGGUGCGAGAGCUGCAGCGUUUUUCCAAGGUCCGCGCGAGAUUACCUUAAGCAUUUGCAUGCCGAAGAACACAUGAAUCGCGAGACCAUAGAAACCCCAUGGCAUAUGGGCAUUGACCAUGAUCCCUUUCCUACAUUUGAAAACGCGCCUGUUAAACGCGUGCCUGUGCGGGGCAUGCAGUUCUUGGUUCCGGCUAACGCUUGGUACUGCAAGCUUUGUAGUGUUUGGAUUGGAGACUUGCACUGCGCUUCUGCCCACCUCAAGUCUAGGCUACACUCAAACAAAUAUGAGCAAUUUAUAAACCAGAACCCCAAGUAUGAACUCGAGUGGCAAGCAAACCGCGAGCGGGCGAUGAAUCAACAGAGAGAACAAGAUGACUCUAAGACAAAAAAGAACACAAAAGACGAGGACAAGGCGUCUAAAAAACGGAAGAAAAAGAGCGGGGAGAGAAAGAAAAAAAAGCGGAAGCAUGGAAAGAAAAGCAAGAAAAGUACAAACGACGCCAACAGCACAUCGUCAUCCUCUAAUAGCUCUUCGUCGGAAGAUGAUAAGGCGCAGCCACCAAAGAAAGGACGUAUUGAGGAGCCCAUUAACGCAGCGUCAAUACGCGUGGCUAUGCGAAAGCAAGAAACCUUGCCAACAUCUGUAAAGCCGCAAGAACCUCUUCAGUCUCUAGCGCCGCCGCCGCCUCCAAUCAUAAAGGAUUCUAUAAAUGCAUCAGGCAGUGGUAAAUGGUCUUCAGCGAGUGGUGAAGUACAAAAGGAGGAUCAAAAAAAACGGGACGAAGCUAUGCUGAAGCAGUGGAACACUGUUCAGCCUGUAAUAAGUGAGAGUGAGAAAAAACUGUUCGAGCAGCUCAAAGGCAAGCUAAAGAAUAAGGGACCGCGUGAUUCGGAAGACGGCAAAUUAAUACCGCAUGCACCAUUCGAAAGUGAGGGAAAAUUAAAGCGGAGCGGAGGUCGGCGUUCCCGUUCCCGCUCUAAGCGGCGGAGCCACUCUCGGAGCAUUAGUCGCGGACGGGACAGAGAUCGGAGAGAUCGAGAGCGGGAUAGGGACCGCAGCUACCGGCGUCGUUCUCGAAGUAGAAAUAGAUACUUUUCUCGUUCACCCUUAAGAUCCAGCCGGAGAAGUCGUUCACGGGAUGGUCGAAACCGACGCAGUCGCAGUCGUUCUGCCGACCGAAUAGAACGUCCAGUCAUAAAGCAUUCCGAGUUUCGGCCCCGUACGGUUCCCGAGCGCAAGCAGUCGGAGACGAAGCGAGACAAGAAGGAUGCAGAAAGCAAGUCAAAGACUUCAAAACCCAUUAGCAAUUCCUUGUCUGGAGGCAAGAAGCUGCCAUUUAUCGGUAAGAUGCCGGUAUUUAAAAAGCAGCCUGUUGCAGCUUCCAACUAUGACGCUGUUUCCAUCUACACCAACGGCUGUUUAGAAGCACCGCCCCCACCGCCUCCGCCAAUUGGUGGAGCAACGGUUCGUCAGCCCGCACCGACAGCGGCGCAGAUUCAGAUGGCCAUGAUGGAAGAUGCUUUCGGCAAUGCUCCUCCAUUUCAUCCUGACGCGGGUAUGAUGGUUGAUUAUGACGAACUCAUGCCAGAUCCCGUCCAGUUCGCCAACUUAAUGACGAGUUGCCCGCCUCCACCACCGCCGGGGGAAGGAUCUGACGGGGAACCCAAUGACCCAGAGGAUAGGGAACAGCAUGAAAAGGAAAACCAUGCAAAGGAAGUUUUACCUCCUGGAAUUGACGAAGCCGAAUCUGAUUUGGGAACAAGAGAACACGCUGAGGAACAACCACGCGACGGGAGACUACCGAAAGAUCUGGCCGAAGCCCUUGAUAUAAUAUUCCCUAGCGAGGGAACGUCACUGGAGGCGUCAAAUGAAAAAAAAGAAAAGCAAAGUGAGCCUCAGACUAUUACCACUAUCGUUGAGGAUGACGCAGUGCUCAGUGAGCAUAACCUUCAAGAUCUGGCUAAGCAGGGUAUUCACCUUGUGACUAUUGAUGAAACAGAGGCGUCCAAUAAUUCAACUAUACGGACUUCGAAAAAGAAUGAGGAGUCGCAGCUUUUGAAUGGCGAAAAUACAGCGAAAAUAAGAGAUAUGGACGCAGAGGAUAUCCCAAUGCCAAGUUCCCCACCAGCCAUUGCGCAAGUCGACGAUGAGGCGAAAAUUAAGGCCCUUAAAAUCCAAGCUCAUAUCUCAGACAUCCCAAAGCCCCCGGCAUCGCCUUCGGACAGCGAGAAACUUCGGCGUCAAGCGGAACUCGAUGAGUUGGCCAUGCUAGGGAUCGACAGCAGUGACAUGGCGGCACAAUAUGCGUUAUAAGAUUUGAGUUGACUUCGCCGCAGAAACACGGUAGCAGUGACACCGCCUUCACAGAUGGACGGAUAGAAUGACAUGUCGUGGUGUCCCAUAAAAAAUGGAACCGUUUUAGAAUUUAGAUUGGUAUUUAUGUAAACGGUUUUAUGUGACGGAAUGUAUUAAAUAAAUGCGCAUAUUUGUAUGUGAUGUAUGAAGGAUCCCGA